AGCUUGCGAGAUGGGGACACGGCAAAGUUCAGACGUUCAAACGAAUCCCGAGCAAAAUUUCAUAGGGAAUGGCCGGAAUGCUGAAACAGACAGUCCACAUUUCGAACCCGUUCCAGAAAAGAGAAAGCAUCGGGCAAGGUGUGUAUCUGUAAUAAUAUGCACGAUUGCAGCGCUUCUUGUUAUAACUUUCUGUAUCGUCAACCGAACUGAGAUAGAAUUCCAACGUGAUACGCCACGGAAAAAUACAACGAAUGUGUGUUACAUAAAGAAGGAGAAGUUAGCCUUUUCCGGCUUGUUUACAACUGCGUUGGGCUUGUUUGGUGUGGUACUCGGCACAUUAGUUGAUCGCUUGUCGCUGAUCAACGAAGAACGCCACCACUUGCACCAACGUUAUCACGGCAGCUGGAAAGAGAUGACCAGAGCUUGUUUCAGUGGAAUCGUUUGGGGUCCUGUUAUCGCUUUGCUUGGUUCGACUGCCAUGAUUACCGUUGUUCUUACUUUCGUGACGGGUGAGCCGUGGUUCAAGGUUAGUUAUAUCGUGUAUAUUUUCAGUGGUGUCGGCGUUGGACCACUUAUCAUGCACUUGCUUAACCUGAACACACAAUCCGAGGUUCAUAUUUCUACGAUCCUCGAGGACAAAGAGAUGAAUAUUGCCAACGGACUCGCGUGGUCCUACUAUUUUAGCCAUCUUAGACAAGCAUUGCCAACAUUUAAGAAAGCCACAUGCAACCGAUUUCGUUCACCACACGAACAAAUUAAACUGUCUUUGAACAAAUUGCUGCUGCUCAUACCCCACGACUGCAACAUGACGGAAGAUUUGAAUGAACUCGACAGCAAUAUUACCAAACUGUUUGACCUCAAUCAUGAGCCUUUCCAUUUUUCUAUUUAUCGCCUAACCGUUAACGAACGAGAAAACGAAUAUUUUGCCAUACAAUACGCGAAAGAGCCUUUAGAAGCACUGAGAGAAAUGAGCGUGGUAGAAGAGGCCAAAGCUGUAACAAAAAAAAAUUACGAGGAAGAAGUAAAAUUGCUUUACACAGCAUUGCGCAGAAUAUUGAAAAGCCCACCACAUCAGGAUUCUAGAGGGAUGUGUAUGCUCGUGCCUAUCAAAGCGGACAACGAGGACAACUUAAAAAAUGGAGGGCUAGUGAAAUGUAUCUUGGAUGCAGUUCAUUCUCGGCGGUUAUGUUGUAAAAGCUUUGAGAACGGUACCCUUCCCGGAUUCGUUAAACCAAAAAAAAGAGAAGUGUCCUUGUGUGGACUUGUAAGUUGCAAACAAUCCACUCGAACUGAAGCAUUAACAGAUGAUGUCACCAUUCAUGGCCCACAAUUUCGAAAAAAGGAAUGGAAGAUCGACGUGGACCAAAGCAGCAAGCAAGAUGAUAAAAAGUUUGACAAAAGAGGGGUUAUGUCUAUGACAUGGCCUAAAACGUUCAAAACCCACCUUAAAUCGAAAAACCAGUACAACAUGGUACAAGAAGAGGUCGGAGGCGAAAUAUUCAGUGAUGAUAACGGUGCCAGGACGUCUGAAUACGGUUUCCAAAUGGCAGUGUUGGGUCAACGAAGUAACCAGCAGGAUCAAUAUUCUAAAACUUCAAAUGAUAAACAAGACGAGCCAACCAAACGAGAAUUGUAGGUUAUGCUCAUGGAUGCUCAUGUGAGGGUGGUAAUAGGCGAAAAUUUGCGAAGAUUCAGUGGAGAAAAGGAAUAAAGACUGGACGUUGACUGACGGCUAUUUGACCGCUAUCUUUGAAGACAAUUUGAAGCCGAGUUUGGUACCAGUACCAGUCUCUUUCUGUUGUUUUCGUCGGCGCGAUCGUGGACCGUAAAGACAAAACAAUAUAGAAAUGGCCUGGCACUGGUACCUAAUUCUUCAAAUUGACCAAGAGAGCAAAUUACAUAUUGCACCCGAAUGAGCAGAGCAAAUUUUCGUAUUAAAAUUUUAUUUCGAAGUAACUGUACAUAUAAAUCGUGUGAAAACAAUGUAUUUACAAUUAGAACCUAUGUGCAUGCAGUGACUUGAUAUAAUUUACAUUUACCAUCCUUCUGUGGGAGGGAAAUACGAGUGGUUUAUGAGAUAUCCAAAUGAUAGCGCCUGUGCACUUAUUGGUUUAAUAUUUUGAAGAAAUACUCCACCUGCAAAAGAAACAGCUUGUCAUAGAUCAGAUGAUCUCGACGUCUUUGCAAUAUCUCCCUGUUUAGUUAAUUAUACGACUUCGGUGUAGCUUUGAAACGAAGUCGACGAGGGUGAAAAUAUAUAAUUAUGAUAAGAUACAUGAAAUCACUGAAUGCAACUCUUGUAAGUGUCUAUUCUCUGAAAGGCAUUUCAUAAGUUACGAAUUACGAAUGGCUCAUUCUUCUACUAUAAUCUAUUAUUUAAUACUUGUUUGUAAUUUAAUCCUUUAACUAUAGACGUAAAUGCACGGUCUAUUGGAAGAUCACUUUCCAUUUUUGUAAAUAUUUUUUAACCAUUGUGAAAUAGUACCGUGGGUAAAUAAUUCAAAUAAUUUAAUAAUAAUAAAGGUAACCACAAAACAAAAAGCGUUUAUCGUGCUAAAUCACGCACAAACUUUAAAACUUCAUUCAAAAUUCGAUCGCAGUGAUCAAUAAAAUUCUAAUUGUUUGUUUUUAAAAUUUUCAAUUUUCAAAAGUAGAAGCCACCCCUCGAGCUUAAAAAGGGAG